GGCCUUCAACUCCGGACCGCGUACAACGAAUUUAACCGAACGUGCGUUUGCGUUAGAUUUUUUUUAAAAAAAAAACAUCCCAUUAGAUCGUUGAUAUAAAUCGUAAGAUCGUACGAAAAAAUAUGUGAAACAGGGGAUAAAAAAAGUAAUCUAUUUAAGCAUUGACGUCCCGGAAAAAAAAGUCACCGAAUAACAUUGUCGCCUAAUUUUCCUGUACGUAAUUAAUCGCGAAUAAUCUAGUGCAGAAUUUCUACUAAUAUAUGUAUACGUAAAUGUACUUACGAUUAAACGAUCGAUUUCCGGUCGCGAAUUGACAAUCAACGGAUACCGAAAAUGAUAUGGAAUAUUAAACGUCGUGAAAAAGUUGGUACGAGAGAACCGACACGUUCUGAGAAAAUGGAAGAAUAAUAAAGAAGAUUUGUUAUCUUUGCUCGUGACAUUUUUCGAAAGCUUAUAAUUAUUCAUAUCUGUAAUAAAGCAAAAAUAAUAAAAAGAAGAAAAGGAAGAUGAAGAUAAUGUUGAUGUUGAUGAUGAUGAAGUGAACAGAAUGAAGAUAACAACAAUUUGGCAGAAAAUCGUAUCGAUUUAUUCGAAAGAUUUUUUAAUUUUCCCAGUAAUAAAGUUUCCAUCAAAUUUACAUAUGUGUGUAUUUACAUAUAUAUAUAAAAAAUAAAAAGAGAAAGAAAAGUAUAAAAUCCAAUAGGUUUUAAGGACGAUCUUCUUUUGAGAUUCUAUAAGAAGAUGCAAAUUAAGGAUUCCUUUCAGUCUCUUCACGAAUCUUCGAAUUGUGCAUUCGAAAGGGUAAAGAAAAACGGGAAAGAUAAAGAUGAGAUGGAGUAGGAUAUGCGAGGAGUAGAAUAAUCCUUGAAAGUGGACCGCGAGAUAACGGGUCCUUUGGUUUGGAGAGGAACGAAGAUAUUGGAUCGUGGUAUCGAAAUAAAUCUUUCGAAGCAAACUUCGAUAGGGGAAUUCCAAGAACAGAUAGAAAAAAGAUAAAAGAAGUUAAAAAGGAAAAAAGAUAAAGAUAAAGAUAAAGGGUAAGUGUCGACAAAGAAUAAGAAUAAGAAGAGGAACAGGAAUUGGGAAGGGAAGGAUGAUUUUCUAAGGUUAAUCCUUUUUGAGGGUGACUCGAGGGAUAAAAAUAAAGAAAAAAAAAAGGAAAGGAAGGAAGAAGUUACGGGAAAGUACAUCGACGAAUCAAGCGUGACGGUAGAAAAAGUAGUCCUGUGGGUGUUGGAAGUGAGAAAUCGAGGAAAACGUUUGUGGAUAUACGUGGGGAAGACGAAUGCCUAGAAGAUAAAGAGGACACCAGAAUAAUGGGCCAACGUUGAUCUUUGAAUCUUGUUAUCUUCAAACUGCUUUGAAAAUAAAAGAAUAAUCGUAAAGGAAGUUUAUUCGAUACGUUCGAUAAAGUGUUUUCAAAAUAACAACAUUAAUACGUUUCUUUGAAAAUAAUUUCAUGAUAUGUGAUUUGUUGUUUUAAUAUUAUUUAAAUAUUUAACAAAUCAAUAAAACACAACUGAAUAAAAUAAAAUGAGUGUUUUCAAAUCUAAUAAUAAGGACAUUCGUUUAGUUUUUACAUUCGUAAAUCUUAUAUAUCUGUGAUUUGUUUGUUUCUUUAGAAAUAUAUUUUUAAAUUAAUAAACAAAGUGUAAAAAGAAACAAAUAUACGUCACAGCUGAAUGAUUAAUAUUAUAAUCAGUGAUUAAUUGAAAGUGUAACACGUAAGGUGGAUCAUAAAAUUUGUAUACGAAUCCUGGAAGAGGAAGAGGAAGAAGAAGGGGAAGUGGGAAAGGAAGGGAGAGGGAGAGGGGGGAGCAGGAGGAGGAGGAGGAGUUGGUAAGUCGACGGUGAUGGCAUGAGGACUUUAAUAAGGACGGACUGUGGGUCCAGCGAGGAGGAGGAUGAGGAUGGUGGUGGGCGUGAUGGUUCUGGGUCAGCUCCUGACGAGGAUCCUACUCGCAGCUCACACUGUAGAUCGGCUUGCAACUGCACGAAAAAUACUCAGGGAGGUUCCCCUAAUCGACGGGCACAACGAUCUACCGUGGAAUAUACGCAAGUUCCUAAAGAAUCAACUACGAGGAUUCAGAUUUGAUGAUCUCAGUGACAUCCGUCCUUGGUCUGGCAACGCUUGGAGUCACACAGAUCUAAGAAGAUUGAGAAAAGGAAUGGUCACUGCACAGUUUUGGUCGGCUUACACGCCCUGUCCAUCCCAAUAUCACGACUCCGUUCAACUUGCUUUGGAACAGAUCGAUGUGAUUCGCCGAUUGGUCAAUAAACAUCCCGAAAGUCUGGUUCUUGUUACUACGGCUGAAGGGAUCGAGAGAGCACACAAGGAGGGUAAAAUAGCGAGUCUUAUAGGGGUUGAAGGAGGGCAUGCCAUCGGCACGAGUUUGGCGGUCCUGAGAAUGCUCUACGAACUUGGUGCCAGAUACUUAACGUUAACUCACACGUGCCAUACGCCUUGGGCAGACUGCAGCAAGGCGGAUGAACCUGGUCAAGUGCCUCACGUUGGUGGUCUCUCAAACUUCGGUAAGAGCAUCGUUCUCGAGAUGAAUCGACUGGGGAUGAUGGUGGAUCUAUCGCACGUUUCUGUACCCACCAUGUUGGACGCCAUGACAAGUUCAAGAGCACCAGUCAUUUUUAGUCAUAGCAGUGCUCAUGCUUUAUGCAAUUCUUCGCGAAAUGUGCCUGAUCAUGCAUUAAGACAUUUGGUAACACACAUUAACCACAUCCGAAAAGUUGCCGGGGUGGAUCAUGUUGGAAUCGGUGCCGGAUACGACGGGAUCAAUUUAACACCAGCAGGUCUCGAAGACGUGAGCAAAUAUCCGGAGUUAUUCGCAGAAUUGUUAGCACGAGGUUGGUCAGAAAGAGAUAUCCAGAAACUCGCUGGCCUGAAUCUCAUCCGGGUCUUCAAAGCGGUCGAACAGGUGCGUGACAGAAUGGCUGCCGCCGGAAUGGAACCACUCGAGGAAGAAAUUCCAUCCGAGGACAUCCUUGGACGUAAUCAUUGCCGUUACAACGUUAGAAGAUUGGCGGUACCAUAAGAAAACGGGGCCCCAUUAACGAGAAACAUUAAAUACUCACUACUAUUUCAUGGACUUUCUUUUUUUUUUUUUCAUUUUUUAUUUGGCUUCCUCCCGUUCACCGAACGAACAAGAGGAAUUUUUUUCGGAAGGAAAGUACGAAAAAAAAAAAUUGAAAUGUAAAAUUAACUGCGAACGAAAUUUGUUUGUUUGUUUUUUUCAUUUUUUAAUAUAUCGCAACGUUGCAUCUUUCUUAAAUCUUUAUACGACGUAAGUUAGCUAGAGACGAAAUAAUAAAAACGAAAAAAUAAAUGAACAAACGAAAAAAGAAUUUAAGCUCAAUUCUGCCAGGCGCCGACUUUUGCGAGUAAAAAAAAAGAAAAGGGUCGCGCGCCUUUCUGACAAGGGAAAAAAAAAGUAAAUAGAAACCAACACUUGUAUUUAUUUACGGAGAGAGAAGGAGGAGGCCGACGUUUAAACAAAAUAAUAAUAAUAAUAAUAAUAAUAA